GUGACGUCACAGCCGAGCCCCAGACGGGCCCGCCGUUAGCCCAGGUCGGACUUCGUCUGACGUCGGCGUUCUUCGGUUAUUAAACCGAACACAUUCGAGAGAGAAAGCAGUUUCAUUCGCGGCGACGCGUCAUACAUUUUUACAGGAUUAUUUACGUAACACAAAACAAGCGCCGUAAGCAGCCGGGGUGGAGGCAGGGCGAGCCGGCAAUAACGUAACAUCUGUGACGUCGGUGCCUGUUCCGCUGGGGUUGCCUCCGCAGUAGUUUGACUGGAGGGCCACCAAGAGCAGUUGAGUUUAACACAUCUGAACAUUUGGGUCGACUAGUGUGUGUGCUGAUGGAGAAGAGGAGGUCGGACUGUCCAGCUCUGCCACCCGGCUGGAAGAAGGAAGAAGUGAUCAGGAAGUCCGGUUUGAGCGCUGGGAAGAGCGAUGUCUAUUACUACAGUCCUACAGGGAAAAAGUUCAGGAGUAAACCUCAAUUGUCCCGUUACCUUGGAAACUCAGUGGAUUUGGCAUGUUUCGAUUUCCGGACGGGAAAGAUGAUGCCUGGCAAAUUGCAAAAGAACAAACAGCGACUCCGACAUGACCAACUCAGCAUGGCAAAGGGAGGUAAGCCUGACCUGAACACGACACUGCCUAUCAGACAAACGGCAUCCAUCUUUAAACAGCCUGUUACCAAGGUUACAAGUCACCCGGGAAAUAAGGUUAAAACAGACCUGCAGAGAGCAACCGAGCAGCCCAGACAGCUCUUUUGGGAAAGGAGGUUGAAAGGGUUGCGAUCAUCAGAUGUCUCGGAGGAAGUUCUACGUACCAUGGACCUCCCUAAAGGCCUACAGAGCGUUGGUCUUCACUCAAGUGAUGAGACUCUGCUGUCUGCCAUUGCCAGUGCGCUACACAUGAGUUCUGCGCCUAUCACGGGACAGACAUCUGUGGCGGCUGAGAAGAACCCAGCAAUCUGGCUGAACACGUCCCAACCGCUCUGCAAGGCCUUCACCGUGACUGACGAACACAUCCGGGAGCAGGAGCUGAAGGUACACCAAGCAAGGAGGAGUCUGGAGGAAGCACUGAUGGCUAACAGCUUGGCACAGGCUGCUGAAAGUAGGAAAGCGUUGUCGGAAGGGAAGGCGGCUUGAAAACAAAGAAGAUAAGACAGAGCUCAUCUCUUCACCAGCCUCAGGUUUAUCAUAAUCUUCAUUUAAACCAAAAGAACAAACCAGCAAAUCUGUUGCAAUGCUCCUCUCCAACGAGUCUUUCCCUGACGUGACGUUACAACGGAAAUUCGAGGAACAAGAAAACAAUGGGUGCAGCAACAGAAGUGACAGCCAGCGUUGUAGCAACACAGAGUGCCCUGUUAAAUUAUGAAAAAGAGCAAGCCUCUGAAAUCCUCAGUGAUCAAUUUCCAGGAAUUUUUAAAUAAGCUCUUAUUUUGAGUCCGUUUGAAAAAUAUUUUUUUAAAUGAACAAUCUCUAUGAGCACCACCUUUAUUAUAUAUGAAAUUAGUCUGCAAACUGCUGGACGGCUUUUGCUAACUACUCAACCUAUGCUCUUUGAUGAUUUGUGAUAUCCGUAUUUUGUUUGAUAGAAUCAGGUUUUUUCCUUUAAAUAAUGAAUUUACAUGAGUAUGGAUAGAAAAUGAAAUAACUUAUUUAGUACAAAUUUUAUACUUUGGAAAACGAGCCAUGUACAUUUUUGGGAUUGGAGAAAAUAAAUGAUUAUA